AUGCGGCUCACAGCAGAGCUGAUCAAGGAUUCGCUGUCAUACAACAAUCCGCUCGGCGAGCGCGAACUCGAUCUUCGAGGCCACAAAAUCCCCGCGAUUGAGAACUUGGGUGGCGCAAAGGACCAAGAGUGCCUCGACCUCACCGAUAACAACAUCGCACAACUCAGCAACUUCCCUAUUUCGCCACGCUUGCAAACGCUUCUUUGCGCGCAGAACCGCAUCGCCACACUCGCCGAAAACCUACCCAGGAGCCUGCCGAAUCUGCACACGCUUGUGCUUACGCAGAACAAUGUCGCCGAGCUCGCCGAUCUGGACGUGUUGAAGGGAUUUGCGAAGUUGACAUAUGUCACGUUGAUGGGAAACCCAGUCGCCAGCAAGGAGAACUACCGUUAUUGGAUCCUGUCCCGUAACCAGAACGUUCGUUUCCUUGACUUCCAGAAAGUCAAGGAUGCGGAGCGAAAACAGGCCAAGGAGGUGUUUGGCACUCCCGAGGAGCCGACGGAGCUGGCCAAGUCAAUCUUGGCUACGAGAUCGAGCACAUCUGCGUUCGCAACAGGACAGUCUGCCACUAAUGGAGGCAAGGCGAAGAACCUCAAGGCCACAGAAGAGGAGAGAAAGCGCUUCCAGGUGCUCGUGCAAAAGGCCAAGUCGCUGGCAGAGAUCCAGAAGCUGGAGAAGCUGUUCAACGAGGGUAGACUGCCGCCAGGAUUGAUGGAUGGCGACAGCAUGGACGAGACAUGA